AUGAAUUCACAACCAAACACGCAAUCAACAAAUAUAUGGAGCCUCAACACUUUGUUAAGUUUAAAACAGAGAGCAAGGGAUCUCGUUGGACAUCGUUACCUUAAGUACUUGCUUGUUGGAAGUCUCUACCAGCUUGGCAUCAUAUCAUUACAAAGGCUUGCAAACAAAUACAUAAUUGUGACUUUGCUACGGCUUGGACAAACCCCAACAAUGGUUGUUUCAUCAACUAGGCUAGCAAAUGAAGCGUUGAAGACUAAUGUUGCACUUGAAAUCCAACCACGAAAUAUACCUGAUGAAGAUCAUGAAAUUCUUGAAGAAUUCAAUGUUGUUAUCCUACCAAAAGAGGAACAAAGACAACCUCCUAUCCAUAUAUGUUUCAUAUAA